AUGGAAAAUUUGGUAGUGUACUAUGGGGACGUUGUACGUGACGAAUUCGGUGGGGUGGAUUUCUCGAACUGCGACUCGAUGGAAGUUGCAGUGAUAGAUAUGGUCAAUAGAGCAUUUGCGGAUGUAAGAAAAAUCAUCCGAGCCCCAUUUGGUCAGGGGAUGCGUGGACAGAGGAUGACGGUUGAAGCUCUUAUCGUCGUAGAAGGGAAUGGACCUCCCCGUUGGGGUUUGCGGGAGGUAAAAAAUGAUACAAAUUGGCGUACGUACAUGAGGUUUGCAAGCACACCUGGUGCUGCUAUGUACGGACGGCCGAUGGUGUAUGUGAAGUUUAUUUCAGCUACUGAUGAUGCUGGAAGCAGUAGGAGCGCUGCAGAAGAGCAGCUGUCCAUCACCGCAGGUCCUAGCACCGGCCUGUCGGAUCAGCUUGCCAUCACCGCUGCUCGUAGCAUCGACCCAUCGGAGCAGAUGCCUAGCCACCAUAAUGUUGACCCAGGAUAUUGGUCCGCGGUCAUCGACAUCAGCGAACAUGUGGAGGGAUUACCUGAGGCGUUGGAUGAUGAUGCUCGUUCAUCUUCGUCCGAAUCCUCGUCGGAUGAAGAAGGAGUAGGUCCUCCCCAGAGGGCGGUCCCAGGUCCAAUGGACGCUGACUUCCUACAGACCAUGACCAUAAGCAAUGAAUUUCGGUCUGUUCCAGGCCUAGGAGAGGAUAGUCUGCUAGUUGGGCAAAGUUUCCCUGACAAGGACUCCGCUGACCAGGCAAUAAAGAGGUAUGCAUUGAGCAUAUCUCGGGAGCACAGAGUGAAGCAGUCUGAUCGAAGUCAGCUAAAAGUGAUAUGUGUCAAAUUGAAUGAGGGGUGCAUGGGGAGAGUGAUCGCUCGAAAGAGCUCUGGGGUAUGUCAGCCCUGGCAUAUCUCAAAAAUAGAACCAUAUAGUUGCGAGCAGGUGGGGGCUAUGGCUAAGCACCGCAACGUCACCGCAAAAUAUUUGUCACAUAUCUUGCAAGUGGCGGUGGAAAAAGACAUCAAUGUUAGUGUGAAGACGCUGCAAGAGACUGCAGAAGAUCAGAUUGGCUUCUCUGUCAGCUCCGGAAAGGCAAGGCGUGCCAAGGAGGACAUUUUCCAGAGGCUAUAUGGCACAUAUGAGCAAGCAUAUGACCUAGCCCCCAGACUGCUCCAUCAGAUAUCAUCAAGUAACCCGGGGACUCAAGUAUUCAGGAGAGAACGUCCACACCCCAGGGAGCAAAAUGAAGAAAUACUUGACCGUUUAUUCUGGGCAUUCCCGCAGGCUAUACAGGCAUUUCAACACUGUCGUCCGGUGUUGUCAAUAGAUGGUACCUUCCUCAUUGGAAAGUACAAGGGUACACUCCUGUUGGCGAUCGCAGCAGAUGCAAACAAUCAGCUCCUUCCUAUUGCAUAUGCAUUGGUGGAGAGUGAGAACAAAGAUAGCUGGUUCUGGUUCUUAUGCUGCUUGAAGAUUUCAGUUGUCGGAAAUCGCCCCAAUGUUUGCAUCAUCUCUGAUCGCAACACGGGGCUAUUGAGUGUGCUCGAAUUUAUGAAGGUGGCACAAGAUCCAGAAUGGGGGUGGCCCGAUCUAGAGACAAGGUGGUGCAUGCGGCAUUUGGCAGCCAAUUUUUACUCAAAGUUCAAGAACAAGGAUUGGUUCAAGCUGUUCAAGAGAAUGUGCAUGCAGAAGACAGAAGAGAAGAUGAAUGCAAUUUGGAGUGGAAUCAAUGCCGAAAUUGAGGAAGCUGCAUUGCCACAGAGAAGAGAUCGGAGGGGCAAUACCAGGACAGUUAAUUUGUCUACGUGGAUUGCCGAGAGUUGCCCCGAUUUAACCAAGUGGGCGCUUUCUCACGACUCUGGGGCACGGUACGGCAUAAUGACCACCAACAUGUCAGAGGUGUACAAUGGUGUGCUGAAAGGUGUGCGCGCCCUCCCUAUCACGGCGUUGAUUACUGAAACUUGGAACCGGACUUUGUCGUACUUUGCAGACAGAGUCCAAGUUGCCAACGCUCGGGACGCACUGAACAAGCCAUGGUCUGAAAAGAUGCAGCGACAUCUCGACGAGAAAGCAAAAAAAUCACAAAGUCAUGGUUUCCGUCAAAUUGACGCACUUCGGAAUAAGUGGGAAAUACAUGUACGCGCCAAGUUUGUGAGAGGCCACCACAGAGGCUUUAGAAAGCAUGCUGUCACCCUCGGAACUAGCUCGUGUGAGUGCAGUUGUAACAAGCCAAAACUUUUGGGAUACCCUUGUAGUCAUGUCCUCAAGGCUGCUUCUGCACAGAACAUCAGCGUGCAGUCCUACAUAUCUCCGUACUUCAACACAUACAACCUACUGCACACAUGGAAUGGUGAUGACGUCGCACUUACCAGACCUUUUAGAGGCGUCGUUUGA